AUGUUCUGUCAUAGCGAAAACGUACCUGUAUCAGUCAACACUGAAAACCCACUGAUAGCAGUACUGUAUACCAGUCUGGCUCGAACGCAAGCGGCCUGUCUCUGGUCGUGAAGAAGUCGUGAUUUUGCUGUCCAACAACAGGAUUUAGUAGAUCAGUUUUGACUGCAAUAAUUCACCAUGGCGUUUACUCUUCUCGGUUACACUAUAUCUUGGCCUUUGCUUGGAGCAUUAGGAGCCAUCUUUUUUACGCAUCAGAUUUGGCAUUUAUCAUAUUUCAAGCGAAAGGGGAUCAAAGGACCUAUACCUCUUCCAUUUGUUGGAAAUUCUUUUGACUUAUUUCAAGGCCUCCAUUGGACAAGUAUAAAUAAUAUCAAGAAAUAUGGAAAUGUCUAUGGCAUGUACAUGUUUGGAACACCAGUAUUGUUUAUUAGUGACCUUGACAUGAUAAAGGAUAUCACAGUAAAGAACUUCAGCAAGUUCAUGAACCACAAGCAAUUUGUGUUGAAAUCUCGACCAUUUGACAAGGCAGUAUCAGCUCUAAGGGACCAGCAUUGGAAAGAUGUUAGGAAUGUCAUGACACCAACCUUCAGUGCUGUCAAAAUGAAACAGCUAUCAGGACUACUUAAUGAAUCCAUUGAUAGUUUGGUGGAAAACUUUGGAGCAAUUCAGAAGAAAGACGGCAAGGUGAAAGUCUUCAAUUUAUUUGAAGCAUUCACGAUGGAUGGAAUUGCUAAAUGUGCUUUUGGACUACAGAUAAAUUCACAGAACAAUCCAAGUGAUCCAUUCGUCACCAAUGCAAAGGACUUAAUGAAGAAUAGAUUAUCAUUGAAAGUACUUGUUGCUGGUGUUUUCCCUACCAUUGGUAAAGUGAUGGAUUACUUUAGAGUCAGUGCUCUGUCAAAUAAAGUUCAGCAAUUCUUCAUCUCUGUAAUUGAUCAAACAAUCACAGCUCGCAGGGAAAAUCCAAGCUCAAAGAUGAAGGACUUUCUUCAGAUUUUAAUGAAUGCAGAGCAGGGAUACAAAUCAGAAAGUGAGAUAAAAGAAGAGAAAUUGCAGGAGAAGAAAUCAGAAGAUGAUAUCCAUGCUUCAGUUGAUGAACGGGAAAAUGAAAGCUACUUCAAGAAGAGCAAGAAGACCACUCUAACGAGGGAUGAGAUAUAUGGUCAGGCUAUGAUAUUCUUUUUGGCUGGUUAUGAAACCAUCAAUGUCACUCUGGGAUUCUUGGCAUAUGCCAUGGCUGCAAAUCCUGAUGUUCAAGAAAAACUCAUUGAAGAAAUUGACAGUCUGACUCCAACUAGAGAUGAUGUUAGCUAUACAUCCAUUGCAAAGAUGCCCUACCUGGACAAUGUUGUCUGUGAGACUCUUCGACUCUACCCUGCCGGUAUUAUAACUGAACGAGAAUGCAAUGAAACUCAUGUUUGCAAUGGUAUCACUAUCAAUAAAGGGGUUCAAUUGAUGUUCCCUGUCUUUGCCAUCCACCGUGACCCUGCAAUCUGGCCUGACCCAGAAAAGUUUGAUCCUGAUAGAUUUACUAAAGAGAAUCGUGAAGGGCGCCACCCAUUGGCCUGGUUUCCAUUCGGUUUUGGUCCGAGGAAUUGCAUCGGGAUGAGGUUUGCCUUGAUGGAGAUGAAGAUGGCCGUCAUUCGUCUUCUUCAGAAGUACCGCUUUGAAACUUGCCCAGAGACUUCAAUUCCUCCUAAAUUCUCCAAGAUGAGCCUUAAACCUGAUGAUGACUUAUAUCUUCGUGUUGUGGAGAGAAGUUAGACCAGAUAAAAAAAGAUGGCAAAGAUUUGAUGCCCAAAAUGCUCUAAGUAAUGGUACUGAUCCAUUCAUGUAGGGCAGAAUGCAUUUUAAUAUUUGUAAAAGGUAAAUGAAUCAGCAGCUAUAAUUUUUAUUGAUUUGAAUUCACAGUAUAUAUUCAGCAUACAAAUAUGGUUUGAAUGUGAUACAAAAUUAAGUGAUUAUAGGUAUUUAGCAUUACUCAACUUUAGUUUAGUUUAGUUUAUUUUAUUUCCAUUUUCUGAUAAUAAACAUAACAAACAUACAUAUGUAUGAAUGCACAAAACAAUAAAUCUCAUAAGAAUACUUCAAUAAUUAACAAAUCGUAAGAAAUAGAUGGAAUAUAUACAAUUCUUUUUGUUCCAGAUACAUUUUGAUGAUUAGACAAAUUAUAGAUUACAGUUAGCAUGUGAAAAUGAAAAUGAGG